AGAGUUUUUUAGCGGAUGCGAUUCAUAUUCGACUCGCAUACAUAUAUUUACAAUAUAUGUAUACAUGAUCAGACGCAAUCGUUUUCGCUGAUCAAGAUAUAUAAGAAAUUCAAAUGUGAUACGGCAUUAAAGAUGGCUGGUGUUUUAAGAUUCAAGCAUGCUAUUAAAUUAGGAAGAUCUCUUUCGAGAUCAUUGAAUAAAAAUUUGCCGGGGGAAAAGUUAGUCCAAGCACAAUGCCGGCGAUUGCCAGUUAUUUGCCAUCAUACAAGAUAUUGGUCAUCUCAACCAGAGACUCAGACUACAGAGUACCAUAAUAUUAUAAAAGAUACAGAGAAAUCUGUAGGUGAAAGUGCCAAGCAUGAAUUUCAAUCGGAGACACAAAUGUUGCUACAAAUUGUUGCAAAAUCUUUAUAUUCAGAUAAAGAGGUAUUUGUGCGAGAGCUUAUUUCAAAUGCUAGUGACGCAUUAGAGAAAUUGCGUUAUUUACGUCUAAGCGACAAUGAAGCUGCGCAAGUAGCUGGUGACAGAAGCUUAGAGAUACAUAUUGGCACUGAUAAACAAAAUCGUACUCUCACAAUCCAAGAUACUGGUGUGGGGAUGACUAGAGAGGAAUUAAUAUCCAAUUUGGGAACUAUAGCUCGAUCUGGUUCUAAGGCGUUUCUGGAAAAAUGGAAAGGAGAACAAAACUCCAAUGAUACUUCUAAAAUUAUUGGACAGUUUGGUGUCGGAUUUUAUAGUGCCUUCAUGGUUGCUGACAAAGUGGAAGUAUUUACAAAAUCUUUUGCAAGAGAUGCAGAAGGUCUUUGCUGGACUUCAGACGGAUCAGGUACAUUUGAGAUUUCAAAUGCGGAUGGAGUACAACCAGGCACGAAAAUUGUUAUAUACUUAAAACCGGAUAACCGAGAAUUCAGUGAUGAAAAUGUUAUAAACCGUGUUAUCAACAAGUACAGUAAUUUCGUUGGCAGUCCUAUCUUUGUGAAUGGAAAGAUGGUCAAUACAAUUCAGCCGUUGUGGAUGUUUGACCCGAAAAAUGUCACGCCGUUACAACACGCAGAAUUUUAUCGAUUUAUAGGAAAUUGUCUCGAUGCACCAAGAUUUAUAUUGCAUUAUUCAACGGACGUGCCGUUGAGUAUUAAGGCUCUGUUGUACUUUCCAGAGGAAAAACCCGGACUGUUCGAUCUAGCGAGAGACACUACCAGUGGGGUGUCACUUUACAGCCGAAAGAUUCUAAUUAAAAGCAAAGCGGAAAACAUCUUACCGAAAUGGUUACGGUUCAUUAAAGGCGUAGUUGAUUCGGAAGAUAUACCAUUGAAUUUAAGUCGAGAACUACUGCAAAAUAGUGCACUAAUUGGGAAACUGCGAAAUGUAUUGACCGCACGUAUAUUAAAGUUUUUACAUGAGCGAUCUACAAAGCAGUCAGAAGACUAUAAUGAAUUUUAUAAGACUUACGGUUUGUUUUUAAAAGAGGGUAUAGUUACCAGUAUUGAUCAAUCUGAAAAGGAAGACAUAGGUAAACUUUUGCGAUUUGAAUCUUCUGCUGCUGCUCCAGGAGAAUUAGUCAGUCUGCCGCAAUAUUGCAGUCGUUUAGCGAAAGAUCAAAAGGAUAUAUAUUACCUAUCAGCACCAAGUCGACUUUUAGCUGAACAGUCACCGUAUUACGAAUCCUUAAAAAGACGGAACAUUGAAGUACUAUUUUGUUACGAACCGUAUGAUGAAUUAGUAUUGAUGCAUCUAAAACAAUAUAAAUCUAAUUUUUUGACUUCUGUGGAGAAAGAAAUGCGAGAUGAUACAGAGGCAAAUAAGCCAGAAAAUUUAGGUAUUAUAAAUAAGGAUGAACUGGAUAAUCUUGUUAACUACAUGAAGAAGAUUCUUGACAAAAAGGCUUACGACAUUAAGAUGACAAACCGUUUGGAAUCACAUCCUUGCGUUGUAACUGUACAAGAUAUGGCAACCGCAAGGCAUUUUAUUCGUACACAGAGCCAUCAACUGGACGAAGAAAUGCGGUACUCCAUUCUUCAACCGCGUUUUGAGAUAAAUCCAAAUCAUCCUCUUAUCAAAAAAUUAUGUAAGCUGACCACUACAGAUACUGAAUUAGCUGAUCGUCUGAUACGACAGUUAUUUACCGGUGCUAUGGUUGGAGCUGGUUUAAUUGAGGAUCCGCGCAUUUUAUUGACACCAAUGAAUGAAUUACUUACGUUAGCGUUGCAAAAAUAUUAAUAACUGAAUUUUGUAUUAGAGGGAAGGAUCAUAUCGAUACCUCGAAAACAUGGACAGCCAACAUUGUUCUAUGACUUGGAAGUAAAAGAAUAUUUUCCCUUUAUAUAUCUCUCAUAAAUGUAUAGAACAUUUCUUUCUUCCAUAUCAGAGAAGAACGUUGAAUGCCUUAAGAUAUCGUAAUAAAGUACCAAUAAAUUAUACAUUUUAUUAUUCAAUAAUAAGAUCGUUAGUUGUAAAAUAGAGAGGUAUAACUUAUUAUAGGCAAGAUUGGUUUCUUUAUUACAAUAGGUUGAUCUUGUACAAAUUAAUUAUAGCCUUACAAUAAUAACAAGUCAAGUUCCUCUUUUCUUGAAUGAUUCCAUGAUAUCGAUAUGUAUUCUAUUAGCAGGGCUAGGAGUGUUAUGGCGAAUUUAGAAAUUGUACCCAUGAUUUCCAUUUUUUUUCUUUUUUCUCACAAUCUACGUUUUAAAAAAAUUUUUUUUUCUUCCCAACUGUUCAAAAGAAAGUAGCAAGCAAUAAAUAAUUUUAUAAAAUAUGUAAAUUCAUAAAAUUAUUCACUUUUCACUUUCUUUGUAAUUUUUCUACAAACUCGCAAAUAGAAGUAGGCCCGAAGCAAUAAUAUAGCGAAAAGUACAUAUAUAAAUUAUUUAUACAUAUAUAUCUUCAAUUCAGAUUUUAUCGCUUUUACUCUCCUUAAUUCACUGAUUGGAAGAUUCUGAAAAAUGGAUUUCUGCAAUGUUUAUAAGAUCACUAAAUGCGUACACUAUUUAUAAAAAGUCCGCUGUCACAUCCACAUUUUCUAUUUUACAGUCUUUGACCAAAAUGUAUAUAUACUUCAUUUCUUUUUAAAUAAAAUUAAUCUAAAUGUGUGUUAUAAGCUUUAUCUGUGCUUCAUAUUACUGUCUGAAAUUUUAUACUGCUUAUUGAAAUCAAAUCUGUGCUUUCUACAUCAUUCUUAUAUAUACUCUUUUUUUUUCUCUUUUAUAUUAUUCUAAUAUAAAAUAAAAAUUAUCAAAAAUUUACAUUGUAUGGAUGUUAACAUUGUGAUAUGCUAAAAUUUCAGAAAGUAGAAGCACAGCCGAUUUUAACUUAUACAAGGACGAGAGACGCGAUGCUUUUGCUCUUGGUCAACAUAAAAAUCACCCUGUUUAGCAUUAUUAUUAUUAACAUGAUUCGCUAAUGUAUCCUAUAAGCAGGAUAGCUGGCGUCCUUUACAGAAUAGGAACAUAAAAUCGAAUUUCUCAACAAAAUUCUACACGCAUAUAUAAAAGAAAAUAUAUAUACCUCACCCAAAUUAAAAGCUGCCACUAUAUAAUAUUCAUUAAUGAAAGAUACUCUAAAUGGAAGUGACAAUGAGUAAAAAACCUUAUAUAUAAUAGAUUGCUCCUUGAUUCUUCUAUCUCUUUUAUACAAAUUAAUCGAAGGAAAUACAUUGUUUAUAUGGCAUUACGAAUUAAUUGGCAGUUUAGAAAGUAUCCCAUUAUACAUUACAUAGACAAGUCUCUAUGACGAAGAACGAUACAUGAAAUGCGAAUGGCAGAUUGGUAAAGAGCGCAAUUAGUAGAUAAGUGAACACCUCGCGCUGCUGAACAGUCUUAUUAAAGAGUGGAUAAAGCGUGAUGUAAAUAGUAGCACCAUGUAUGCAGAUUUGUAUCGGUCGUAUUGAUGGUGACUAACGAAUGAAGAGAUAGAAAA